AUGCUUGUGGCGAGAGGAGUUACAGUUGAUUGGGAUUGCUUUCGGACGGUGUUUAUGGAGAAGUAUUUCCCGGAGAGCGUGAGACAUGCCAAGGAGGCUGAGUUCAUGCAGUUGCACCAGGGAGGGCUGUCUGUAUCGAAGUAUGCAAUGAGGUUCGAGCACUUGGCUCGUUUUUAUUCACAGGCUAUUUCUGAGGCCUGGAAGUGCAGAAAGUUUGCUGAGGGUUUGAAGUAUGAGCUAAAGAAGGUGGUGGUGCCUAUGGCCAUCACCGAGUUUCUAGCCUUGGUAGAGAAGGCGAAGAUUGUGGAGAGGUUAGAAGGGGGUGACCGUGUGAUCAGAUCUAUUGAGGGACCGGCUGGGUCCAAGAGGGGAGCUGGAAGUCAGAGGAAGCCGUAUGAUAGGCCCCCACCACAACAAGGGGGUCCUGUCAUUAGGCAACCUGCUGAGACUACCAGAGGAGGAGGACAGGGUGGAGGUGAUGCCCUUAGGUGUUACAGGUGUGGUGGAUCCCAUUUGAUCAGGGAUUGUCCACACACCGAGAGCAGAUAUUUCAGAUGUCAGCAGAUGGGUCAUGUGUCUUUCAACUGUCCCACCAGGAGUAGACAGGAGAGGAGUACUCAGAGGAGUGAGGCACAGAGAGCUGAUACUCAGAGGAGUAGUAUGCAGAGGACUGAGACUCAAAGGGGUGACAGACCCACUACAACUGUGUCGACGCCCGCAUCUGCUUCAGUAGUUGCUUCUGAGCUGUGUGCUAACUGUCCUAUUGUUGUCAAUGGGAAGAAGUACAAGGAAGAGGAUGAGUAG